UAAAUUUUUAAUUAAGUUUCCAAAUUUUACAGAAGGCCAGGGGGUCCAACUAUUCAGCUCUCUCUCCCCCUCUUUCUAUAAAAAGCUUGCUUCCCCCUAGCUAGCUACCCUCCAUGCCACUUCCUCCACUCAUGUGCCUCCUGCAUUCAUGAAUUGAAAGGUUGGUUUGGUGAAUACAGUUCCUCCCACACACGCAUAUUCCUCUGCUGGCUAGCUAGCUAGUUAGCUAUUGCUAUAGCUUACCUAUAUAGCACUGUGUGUGCGUGUGUGUAUGGAGAUAGAGGCGGUGGCGGUGGCGGCGAUGGGUGGUGAUGGACACGGUGGGGGAGGUGGUGGAGAUGGUGGUAAUGGGGCGGAAAAGGGCGGGGGAAUGUAUCUGGUGUGGGAGGACUUGACGGUGGUGCUGCCAUCAACAGUUAAGUUUGGGAAGAUGGUAGGAGGAGGCAGCGGCUGCAGGAGGUUGCUUCAUGGGCUGAGUGGGCAUGCUGAGCCUGGCAGGAUCAUGGCUAUUAUGGGUCCUUCUGGCUCCGGCAAAUCCACCCUUCUUGAUUCUCUUGCAGGUAGACUUGCAGGGAAUGUUGUUAUGACUGGCAAUGUUCUUCUUAAUGGCAAAAAAAGGAGACUAGACUAUGGAGUUGUUGCUUAUGUGACACAAGAGGAUAUAAUGUUGGGAACUCUGACAGUAAGAGAAACCAUCACUUACUCAGCACAUCUGAGGCUUCCAACCAGGAUGACCAAAGAAGAGAUUGAUGGAGUUGUGGAGGGAACAAUUUCAGAGAUGGGUCUCCAAGAUUGUGCUGAUAGGAUAAUUGGAAACUGGCAUUUGAGGGGUAUAAGUGGUGGGGAGAAAAAGAGACUCAGCAUUGCAUUGGAAAUCCUCACAAGGCCACGAAUCCUGUUUCUUGACGAACCCACCAGCGGCCUCGACAGUGCCUCAGCAUUCUUUGUGGUCCAGACUCUCAGAAACAUUGCUCGCGAUGGCAGAACUGUCGUAUCUUCAAUUCACCAGCCAAGUAGUGAAGUUUUUGCACUGUUUGAUGACCUUUUCUUGCUAGCUGGUGGGGAAACUGUCUACUUUGGAGAUGCCAAGAUGGCCGUGCAGUUCUUUACCAAAGCGGGAUUUCCAUGUCCAAGCAGAAGAAAUCCAUCAGACCACUUCCUUCGUUGUGUAAAUUCAGACUUCGACGUGGUUACAAAUACCUUGCUGGGAUCUCAAAGAAUGCAUGAUAUCGAUAAGACAACAGAUGGUUUGAUUAGUAGGACAACUGCAGAGAUCAAAGAAAUGCUUGUUCAGAUAUAUAGAUGCUCAGAGUAUGCAAAAAUGGCACGGGCUAGAACACGUGAAAUUUCAGCCAUUGGUGGACUAUUGAUCAAAACUAAAAGCAGCAACCAAGCCUGCUGGGGGAAGCAACUUUCAACCUUGACACAAAGAUCUUUUGUAAACAUGAGUAGAGACAUUGGAUACUACUGGUUGAGGAUAGUAGUUUACAUUGCAGUAGCCAUUUGUGUUGGUACCAUUUUCUUUGAUGUUGGCACCAGCUAUCCUGCAAUCUAUGCACGGGGAUCCUGUGGUGGAUUUAUAUCAGGUUUCAUGACAUUCAUGUCCAUUGGAGGCUUUCCCUCAUUCAUAGAAGAAAUGAAGGUGUUUCAUCGAGAAAGACUCAACGGGCAUUACGGGGUUGCUGUAUUUAUUCUAUCAAACUUCCUCUCCUCUUUCCCAUUCUUGGCAGCAAUGUCAGUUAGCACCAUUACCAUCACUUAUAACAUGGUGAAAUUUCGUCCUGGACUUCCUCACUUCCUGUAUGCCUGCCUGGAUCUCUUUAGCUGCAUUGCUGUUGUUGAGAGCUGCAUGAUGAUUGUUGCUUCACUGGUUCCAAAUUUUCUAAUGGGAAUCAUAACCGGGGCUGGAUUUAUUGGAAUCAUGAUGAUGACUUCUGGGUAUUUCCGGCUGCUGCCUGAUCUACCAAAGCUAUUCUGGCGCUACCCAAUUUCUUACAUCAAUUACGGAACAUGGGCAUUGCAGGGAGCAUACAAGAAUGACAUGAUCGGGCUAGACUUUGAUCCUCUAUUUCCUGGUGACCCCAAACUGAAGGGCGAGUACAUCAUCUCCAACAUGUUUGGCAUACCACUGGACCAUUCCAAGUGGUGGGACUUGGCUGCUGUUUUUAUCAUUCUCAUUUCUUACAGACUCCUCUUCUUCACCAUUCUCAAGCUGAAGGAGAGAGGUUUGCCAUUGUUACGAAUGCUUUAUGCCAAGAGAACUCUGAAACAUCUUGACAAGAGGCCUUUCCAGAAGAACCCUUCCAUGCCUUCCAGGAGGCACCAAAAUCUUCAGUCACUGUCUUCUCAAGAGGGUCUCAACUCCCCAAUCCAUUAGAGGCCACAAGAGAUGAGGCUUUACAUUGAGUUUUGAGCCAUCACCAAGGUUACAAGUCAACUUUAGCAGUUACAGUUCAUAAAAAGAGCAUAUCCUUAAUGAAAGUUUCCCCAUUUGACUAGCUUUGAUUAAUUGGCACACUUCAAGGGAAAACAAAUGGCAUAUAUGAUUGCUCUAGUACAAGAAAGAGCAAGAGAGAUCAAGGAAACAAUUUAAAUCAGUGAUAAUGACCUCAAAGAAACAGCAUCGAGGUGGAAAUUUGAAAUGUUAAUAGUGAUCAUUGGAAAAACAAAAUGAGAAUACGAGGUUUACAUCAGUUUCUGUAUUUAAAAAAAAAAAUUUCAAAUUGUGAUAGUCAACUUGCAUAACUUAUAUGUAAUCCUUCAUAUUACUUUGUUAAUUAUCAGGCAAUGACAUUGACUAUGUACUUCAACAAAAUCAAAACAUUUUUCUCUA